GCCGCCAUGUUGGCUGCGAGGGGAAGUGGCGGCCCCUGAGCCCCGCUAAGAUGGAGGAGAGGAGGCCUCGGGGGGUGUAGGGGUGUCCCCCCCCGCACCUCUCCCCCUCCGCCCCCGGCUGCGGGGUGACCGGUGGGCCCAUGGAGCAGCUCUAGGGUUUGUGCUGGGAACAGCUGAUCACUGCCACAAUGACAUCCCCAAGCUCUGCCCAGCAUCCAGCAGCUGAGAAUGCCUCCAGAAUCACACUGGGACAAGUUAACCAGGUGCGACCCAAACUGCCCCUGCUGAAGAUCCUGCAGGCUGCAGGUGCCCAAGGUGAAACCUUUACCCUGAAGGAGGUCAUGCAUUACCUGGGACAGUACAUAAUGGUGAGGCAGCUGUAUGACAAAAGAGAGCAACACAUGGUCUACUGUCGAGGAGAUGAGCUGGGAGAGCUGCUGGGACUGGAGAGCUUCUCUGUUAAAGACCCAAGCCCAGUCUAUGACAUGUUGAAAAGGAACCUGACUUCUGCUGCAAUGGCAGAUGCUGCAGAGAAUCUCGCACAGGAACAGAGCGUCGAUAAGCCCAGCCAAGACCAGCUGAAGUUUAGCCAGCAAGAAGGUUCUGACACUGGCCUCAUGGAGGGGGGAAGCAAUGGUUCUGCUUUGUCUACCUCAGAGCAAAAAUGUGAGAAUGACCAAGACAAAGACUUAAUAGAAAACCUCUCUAAAAGCAAGAAGCCUAAGCUGGACCUAGUGUUUGAGGAAUGGGAUGUAGCUGGUCUUCCAUGGUGGUUUUUAGGCAACCUCAGAAGCAAUUACAAGUCCAGAAGUAAUGGAUCAACAGAUAUUCAGACUAACCAGGACAUAGACACUGCUGUUGUUUCAGAUACCACUGAUGACUUGUGGUUCCUCAAUGAGUGUCCAGCAGACCAGAGCAGUGCUGCAGCCAAGGGGGAAAGAGAUGACUGUCAGGAGCUGAAAGAAGUUGACAAAAAGGUGACUGAGGAUGCAUGUUUGCAUGACUGUGAGGACUCUCAAUGCUUAAGUGAUGACACAGACACAGAAGCUACUCCAGAGGACUCCUGGCAAUGUUCCAAGUGCAAGAAAUUUAACUCUCCAGGCAAACGCUACUGUUACCGCUGCUGGGCCCUGCGGAAGGACUGGUACUCAGAUUGCCCCAAACUGGCUCAUUCUCUUUCUCUGUCCAACAUUGAUGUCAUGCAGAAGAAAAAAGAGGAUGAUGAUGAUGAAGGGAUAGAUGUCCCCGACUGCCGAAGGACUAUUUCUGCUCCAGUUGGCCAACCCAAAGACCUGUACAUGGUAGAAAACAAAUCACGUGUGGAUACCCAGAGCUCUCUGGAGUCUUUGGAUUUGGCAGGGGAAUGUGAAAGCAAAGAGGCUCUGCUGCACUUCUCUGAGCAUAAAAAGGAGGAAGAGAUACAGUCUUUAGAGAGUAUAAAGAAAUUACUGAACCCUUGCUUCUUAUGCCAUCACAGACCACGGGAUGGGAAUAUUGUCCAUGGAAGGACUGCUCACCUUGUGGCCUGUUUCAGGUGUGCAAAGAUGCUGAAGAAGAAGAGAUCUCCUUGCCCAGUGUGCAGGAAAGAGAUUGAGCUGGUGAUCAGGAUCUUUAUGGGGUAGUUGUGCCUGUUCAGGCCUUCUCCUCCAGAAGACAGCACACAGGCUUUCUUGCACUCACACAAGCCCUAACUUCUGAGCUCAGCCGGUGAAUACCAAAGAGAAUGAAGAUGCAAAUCUGACCAAGAACACAGAGAUUCUCUGCAUUAAAUGAAGCAGUAUCCACCUUUUCAUGUCCUUUGAAAUUAAGCCCAUAGGGAGCAGGGAGUGACUGACAUGUUGGUAUCAAUCCCCUGCUUUGGAGUAGUCUAAACCUUCUGAUUCCAGCUCGGUGGUGUCACUGGGAUUCUCUGUUCUAACAACUGGUCCUUGCAGAAAACAAUGUUUGGAUAUAAUUAUAAUUUUGGCUGUUGGAGUGUUGUUCUCCUGUAAGUCAAACCCUGUGCAAUGCCUUCUAAGGAGGGGUCUGCAUCUGAGAUAGACAUAAAUAUAUAUAUAUAUAUAUGUGGAGGGGUGGGCAGGGGUGGGAGGGAAGGGCAGACCAAUGUGUCUGCAAUUUAGAGAAGCCAUUUCUCCAAGGAUCAGUUCUCGUGAAGGCAGUGAGAAGCAGAUAACCUGAUUUCAGGAUAUUUUCAUUUUUUUUUUAACAUAGGUUUUUUAGAUAAGGUCAAGGUCCUCUUACUCCCAAACUUUAAAGAAGUCCUCCCAGACUUUUAAUCUGUAGCCAUCUCAGGUCUCCUAUCAGAGGGCGAAAUAAUGGAUUGUUAUAUCUUGCUUUUUUACUGGGUAUUUUCAUUUUAAUCAAUACUUCAUUUAAAUACAGUUCUAUGUCACUUUGCAUAACUUUGGUGAAGCCUGCCCAUUGUUAGCUCAGGCCAGUCUAGAGACAAGAUGCUCACUUUAAAGUGCCUAGUGGCUUUAAAGAGAGGAUAUGGACUUUUAAAGGGACAAGAAUUCCUAUAAAGCACCAGAUGCAGCUGGUGAGUCUGUGAGCUGUACUUGGUGUUAGGUUUUUAAAUUUUCUCCUCUGACUUUUCUUUCCCUGUGAUUUUUUAACACCUGAAAUCUGUGUGCAGCAUUUCCCUUGUCCCUCAGAGCUGUGCGUGGUUGCUGUAGUGGCUGUUAAAACUCAGCCAGAACUUGCAGUUUAAAAAGAUGUCACCUUUUUCUGAGACUGUACCCUGAUCUUCCUCUGCCUUCCUGGGCUCUAGGAUUUGAGGGGGCCUGCAUCAGGCACCCUUCCCCUUUCAGGGGUACAGACACUGGGAUUCAGUACAGGGUGUAGGAUAAAGCCCAUUUUGUCACUUCCCUACAAUCCCCUCUCUGAUCUGGGAAAUACAGGAUAUAAAAAAAAAGAGCUUGUGCUCAUACCUUGGUGCUUCUCCAGGCUGUUUCUUCUUUGUUUUCCACACUCCCUGUGCUGGUCCAGCCCUGGAAGGUCAGGCAGGCAGUGGAAGAUCCCAGCAAACUGCCACAAGUUGUUGUUUCUCUGCAGAAAUAACAAGAGUAGGUGCUAAAUCACUGCCAAAAGUCAGCUCCACUCUGUGUGUUGCAUGGUAUUGUAUUAUUUCUGUGUAGGGUGUAAGUUAGACUGUUAUUGUUGGCUGUUGUUUACUGUUGUGUUUUAAAAAAAUUAGAGGCUAUCUUGUGUUUUGCUGCACUAUCUGUAAGUCCAUGGGAAUCAAUCCUCAUGGAAAAGCUUCCUUAUUGCUCCCUUAACUAAAGGGCUGUUGAAUUGCUGGUGAUGCACUUUAAUCAUGCUAAGAUCAGCAGCUUUACUGCCUAGAAUCAGAGAAAGGAAUAACUGCCAGGUAGUUUCUUGCCUUUUUUUGGGUAGUUCCUUUCCCUUUUGAGCCUCUCGGGCUCAGCAGGGUGUGUUGUGGCCCUUUGUGGCACUUCUGAAUACUGUGAAUUCCCUCUAGCCCUGAUUCCCGAGUUUUCCUAAAAGCAAUUUCACUGAAUUGUUCUGAUCUGGCUGCACUGAAGAGCAGGUCAUUUGCAUUGACAAAAAAGUGAGGAGAGUUUGAAGUUCCAGGCAUGACAUUGAAUAUCCCAACCAAAACCCUACCAAGAUCUGGAUGCAGCUGCAAUUAUUACCUGAAAAUUGUUGUCAGGGCAGCAGUUUAUGAUCAAAACCAGAUCUGCAGGUUAACUUUUAGUAUAACAAUCUUCGUGACUUCUUGUUUGGGCAUAAUCACGGUGUUUACAACCACCAUUUUUGAAGUGUCUUGAUUCUUUUGGACUGUAGUAGUUGGCAGGCAUGAGACACCAGGAUGUUACAGGUUGAUUUUCCUUCCUCUAGAAGAAUAAGCUAUUGCAGAGCCAGCACCUUGGGUGCAGCUGUAACUGCCCAGGUUGGGGCUGGGGCUUGGAGGGGAGGGGUGGGUGAAGUUUUGGUGCAGGAGAAAAGGACCAAUAAUGUUUUAUUGCUUUAACUUAAAUCUAAGGGUAGGUAAGUAGCAAUUUACCAAGAACUGCUCUUCUGAGACCCUUUAGGAAGUGCAGACUUGAGGUGUGGGUUGAAGGACUCUAGCUCAAGGCACUGAGCUCCAGUACUUAGGGAUGGGAUACUGGCCAGGCAGUGCUGUUACUUUCCUUUCCUACAGACACAGCAAUUAGUCUCAAGUCUAACUUAGCAGCCUGGUUUUUAGGAGAGUUGAGCAUUUACCUGAGCUGGGUGUGGACUCAGCUUCUCACUGGUGUCUUAUAGCAGGUGACAUUUCUUCUCUCUCACAGUGGUUUUACUUUGAAGUGCAAUAUGAGAGAGGAGGUCCUUGGUGAUCUUUAGCAGCUGCGUGUCUGUUGGAAGGAGAUUUGAGCACAACUGUCUUCAAUGCCCAAACUAAAGAGAUUUAUCUGUUUCAGUGCUUGUUUUUUUUUCCUUUGGUGACACUGCUUGCUGUUCCUCAGGAACCUGCUAGCAGAAGUGUAGCUGGAGGCCAGGUUUCCUAGAACCCUCAACUUUUCAGCCACAGAUUUUGGCACCCUUUUAUCCCUAGCAGUAGCACAGUUCUUGCCUCAGUGGUUAUUGAAAUACAGUGAGGGAACCAUGAAGCUCAACUCCAGAGUGCUGCUCUGCAAUCAUUGUAGUGCUCUGAACCCACAGGUACAUGUAACCCCUGUGUGGGCAACCAGAGGUACACGUUGCAUUUACUCCCAAAAGUCCUUUCAGUUAAAGUGCCUCUUGACUGACACACACACACAGAAGCACAUCAGCCUUUUCUCCUGCUCUCCUCAAAAAAUCUCAGCGUCUCUCCUCUGCUGAGAUACUAUUAUUGAGCCAGUUGAGCCUAAACAAAGUCUCUCCAUGAAUUCAAGAUCCUUUGGAGCAGCCCCUCAGAGGGCUUGUUCCUCUGAACAGUGGGUGUUGCCACAUAGGCAGCUCUGAACUUUCUGCCUGGGUUGCAUAUUUAUGCCAGUGCACGCCUGAGAUGGAAACCAUAAUGCAACUUGCCAGGCUCUGCUCCAACCUGCAUGGAUUGUAUCUGCUACCAAGAAGCUGUCCUUGCAGGAGAAGAAGUGGCUGUUGGAUAAAUGGAAAUGGAGUGGAAACCUGAGUGUCUCAAAACCCCAUCACUGUUGCUUGCUUUCGCCUGCUCACACUCUUGCCUGCUCUGAGCUUCAUCUUCCAGCCCUGGAAGAAAAACCAAAAUGCUCUCACUUCAGGCCUUCAGUGAAGGCUGACCAUGUUGGAAGAUGCUGUGGUUAAGUGGCUGAAGAAGGAGCCAGAGUCUCCAUUCUGUCUGUCCAUAAGCUGAGCAAGGGAGUCCCUCUGUCCUGUGCACACUCUCUGGCUACCACCAACCAACCUGGAUCCCUGACAAGGAGUCACUGCGAGGCUGUGUGGUCAGAGCAGGAGUGAGACCCACAAAUAAUACAGGGCUGAUAAACUGUACCUUUGGAAUGGCUCCAGAAGCAUGGAUGACCUUCAGACAGCAGCUUUUCCCCUGGAAAUCCUUUAGUUGUCUCUCCACAAUGGCCAGAAUUUUCUUUGCUCCUGUGAAAACAAGUGGGACCCUGCUUGUGACUCCAUGGCUGGCCAGCAGGAAGGUCAGCUGCCCCAGGCUGGGUUACACAUCCCCUCAGCUUGCUCUCUGCACCUUAUUGUGAUGAAUCCAGGCAGCUGUUGUGCUGGCAGCCCUGGGUUUCUGAGCUGUUUUCACCCUGGCCCUGUGCACUUGCUGCCCACACGUUGGUGUGGACACCCCAGCCCUGCCACACCGAGCAGGUCUGUCCAGAAGAUGCAGCCACUGAACUGCAGAGUCUCCUAGAAGGCACAAACCACCUUGGUCAGAUAACAUGAAGGCAGCAGGAACAUGUUGUACCUCUGGCAAAGAGAAGAGACUUGCUGAUCUGGAAAGAGCCAUUUCCUGCUGGAUUUCUGCAGCCCCUUCUACCCAGAUGCAUUUUUCCUGCUGAGAGCAACUGGGUGUCUCUGUGCACCCACAGUCACUGCAGGAACAAGCAGGAGUGCUGGCUAAACAGUAUCUGUGUGUUUGCACUAGUUCAAGGCACAUCCCACAAAGCUGAUCACCCGUUUUUAUGUCCUUUGCAUAACAAAAUGAAUUAAAUUGAGCACAAACAUAGGUCUAUUUUUUCAUUUGUACUGCGUUUCAGGAGAAAUAAAGGCCUGUUACCAGUUAA